AUGGGCCUAUCGUUAAUUAUUGCAAUUAUAGGCAGUGAGAGCCAGCUCAUUUACGGCUUCCAGCAUGUCGAUUUGACGAUACAGCCAAACGCUGUGGGUAAGGAUGUGACGGAGGCAACGGUACGAAAAGUGAACUUGCUCAAAAUAGUGGCCCACGACCACGAGUACUUGCUGAGACUGGCGUACGUCGAGUCACAAUUUGGUGACAAACCAUCUAGGUCAUUUGGGGCGGCAAACCAAACCGGCGGCAUUUGGCAAGUGAGCAACGAGGUCCUAUUGGCCAGCCAAGACACUGUUGCCACGCCAUCGUUGACCAUGCUCAUUUAUAAGAUAUCGGCUAAAUUUCGCAUUAAUUGGUAUAAUGUGCGCGCGGCUGAUUUGACCAAGCCACUAUAUUCAGCGUUGGCCGCACAGCUAUACACCAAAACACUGGCCGAUCCCAUACCGGACACUAUGGCUAAGCAGGCAGACUACUGGGCCAAACAUUAUUACCCAGGUGGCUCGGCUAAGGUAUUCACCGACUCGGUCACCACAUUGCUAAACUCGCAAAUGGAUCAGGACAGAAUCGAGGACUUUUACACACCCGAAAUGAGCAGAUUCUGUUUGGUACUGUUCUCGGAUUCAAUAGAAACGGUGUUUAAGCUAGAUGAUGGAUUGACCAAGCCACAUGUUCUAGCCAAGGUCGAUGGUAUGGUCCAGCCUCGGAGCGGAACCAACACCCGGGCCGGCAUGAUUGGGGCGGAGGACAUAUUCAAAGCAUCGGCCCAAAGGCUGGGCGUUCCCAAACAGAUCAUGGUAUUGACCGACGGCCAGUCCAACGAUGGCGUACAGCCGGCGCCCGGAUUGGCCAAAGCGAUGGGCAUUCAGACAAUGGCAUGGGGUGUGGGUUCUGGGGUUAACCAAAAGGAGUUACUUGAAAUUGCCAACGGCGACCCUGAUAGUGUUGAUUUAAUUAAUAAUUAUGACUCGCUAUUUGAAAAAACCUACAAGUUUAAAACGAUGAAAUGCAGCAUGGCACAAAAGCCGCCAGUUGGCACUGAGGUGGCAGAUAAAUUGCUCAAGGGCAAAAAGAGAUUUUAUAAUUAUAAAUUGGGCGCAAACGGCAUAACUGUUAACGUAGGCAAUAAAAAUAGCGGUCAGGUUACUGGUUAUUUUUCGUUCACCCUGGCCAAUCCAACGGUAGCCGAAAAUGAUGGUCAGUUUACCGGUUCGGCUAAUAUAGUUAAAUCUGGUGCCACAGAAGUGUUUGUGGCCAUAGAGGGCUCAGCUCCCGGUGACAGCCAUUAUUCUAUUAAGAUUACUUUACACGAGCUGAUUUAUGGAUAUACACCGGUCGACUUAACCCUACAGCCAAACGCUAUGGGUAGGGAUGUGGCCGAGGCGUCGGUGAGAAAAGUGAACUCGCUCAAAAUAGUAGCCGACGACCACGAGUUUCUAUUGAGACUGGCGUACGUGGAGAGCGGGUACGGCUGUUCGUACGCCAGCCUCAACACGACAGGUGGUCUAUGGGGUGUGAGUAGUGCUGUCUUUUUGGCCACCCAAGAUACAGGAGCCACACCCUUGUUGACCAAGCUCUAUUUUAAAAUAUCGUCCAAAUUUCGCAUUAAUUGGCUAGAUGUGACUGAAGCCGAUUUAACCAAGCCACUAUAUUCAGCGCUGGCCGCUCUGCUAUACACCAAAACACUGCCUGAACCCAUACCGGACACGAUGGCCAAACAGGCAGAUUAUUGGGCCAAAUAUUUUCACCCAGGUGGCUCGGCUAAGGUAUUCACCAACUUGGUGACCACAAUGCAAAAUAGUUUUGUGUGCCGCACCCGUAUGGACACGUGUUUUGUGUUGGACGGCUCGGGCAGUAUAGCAAAGGACGACUUUGAAAAGGCUCGCAAGUGGAUUGUGGGCCAGAUUGAUAUUUAUGAAGGUCAAAACUCA